UCCGACAGCACGUGAAGGCAGCGCGGAGACCGACCGUGCAGCUCCUCUGCUGGGCUCAGUCACACGAGUAGCACACGGAGAAGCCGCUGCCGCUUCACAAGUUUUUUCCCUGGAAGCAGCGCCUGGUAACUCCAGAGAAAAGCGAGUUUAUUCAUACUGUAGUUACGAAACCGGUGAAUGUCUCAGAGAGGGUGAGGAGUUUUAUUUCCCCCCUCUUACCACAGCAACAGUGAGUGAGUGAGAGAGUAAGUGAGUAAGUGAGUGGACGCUGCCUGUUGUCCCCGGUGGAGCAGCCUGUUUUUUUGUUUAGGCUUUGACCUAAACCCAACACAGCCGUUGGCGCAUUUCCACUCACCGGUCCUUGGGGACGAACGGCAUAAACAAUGUCCUCAUAUACUUUUGUUGUUCGGCUUGUGUGUGAGUGUGACUGUGUGCUGGGUUAAGCUGCGAUGAAGGCAGAGUUUAGCAGCGUUGAGGCGCCAGACGGGAGACAGUGAAAGCUAAGCUCUCUCAUCCCAGCAGCGGCAGAAACAGCAGCAGCAGGAGCAGCAGCAGCAACAACGGUAACCGACGCUGGUCCCACAGCACAGACCACAGCCACUCGACACAGUCUUAUCUAAUCUGUCACACUCCUUCCUCCCUGUCUGUUUUAUCCCUCAUCAUCCUCCUCCCUCUUUCCUCUACAUGUGAUUUCUCCUACCUCAUCUGUCUUUCUCCCUCCUGAUCUACCUCUUCACACUCCCCCCUCCCUCCCUCCCUCUCUGCUUCUCUGGCAGGCUGCUCAUUGCAGUGAGUCAGUAUCAUGGAGGCAGGCAGCGGGGCUGCUGCAGCGGUGGGGAGUGCAGCACUAGGACUGCUGGGAGCCACAGCCACGUCCAGCCAUGACAUCCUGGACAGGGGUCUAAGGCCUGGACGUCACCUGGAGGACGACGAUAUUGUGCCCGAACUGGCUUACAUCCAUCCCAGAGAAAGACCAGACUGGGAGGAGACCAUCAGCGCCAUGGCGAGGAGUGCCGAGAUCCCUGAGCUGCGGAGUGAGCCCCUCAUGCGCUCGUGCAGCAGCAGCACAGCCAGCAUGAAGGUCAAAAAUGUGAAGAAACUUUGCUUCACCAAGGGCCACUUCCCCAAACUGGCCGAGUGCGCUCACUUCCACUAUGAAAACGUGGACUUUGGCACAAUUCAGUUGUCCCUUGGAGACGAACAGAGUGAAUUGACGAGGAAUGGCUACGAAUCUAAGGAGCUGGUGUAUUUAGUCCACAUUUACUGCCAGGGCCGGAGCUGGAUUGUGAAGCGCAGCUAUGAGGACUUCCGUGUCCUGGACAAGCACCUACACCUCUGCAUUUAUGACCGACGCUUCUCACAGCUGCCUGAGCUGCCUCGAUUGGAAAGUCUGACUGAUUCGUCAGAGUCAGUUUCCCAGAUGUUGUUAGCCUACCUCUCCCGGCUCUCAGCCAUCGCUGACAACAAGAUCAACUGUGGACCUGCCCUCACAUGGAUGGAGGUUGACAAUAAGGGGAAUCAUCUGUUGGUCCACGAAGAGUCAUCUAUCAACGUGCCAGCUAUUGCUGCUGCGCACGUCAUCAAGCGCUACAUUGCCCAGGCGUCAGAUGAGCUGUCCUUCGAGGUUGGUGACAUUGUCUCAGUGAUUGACAUGCCUCCUAAAGAAGACACCACAUGGUGGAGAGGGAAGCAUGGAUUUCAGGUUGGCUUCUUUCCCAGCGAGUGCGUGGAGCUCAUAAAUGAUAAGGUGCCACAGUCCAUGACUAACUCGGUGCCAAAACCAGCCACCCCCAGCUCUGGCCUGCAGCCCGCUUCUUGGAAUCUCUUCCCCCCCUACUUGGAGAUGGAGAGUGUAAUAGAGGACAAUGCAUGGGUGGCCGACCCGCUAAACCACUACAGCCUAAGUUCAGUGUCUAAGAAGCACGGGAAGCUGAUCACCUUCUUGCGGUCCUUCAUGAAGUCCAGGCCCACCAAGCAGAAGCUGAAGCAGAGGGGCAUCCUGCGGGAGAGGGUGUUCGGCUGUGACCUGGGAGAACACCUCCUGAACUCUGGAUAUGAUGUUCCCCAGGUCCUCAAGAGCUGCACCGACUUCAUCGAGAAACAUGGCGUGGUGGACGGCAUCUACCGCCUCUCUGGAAUCGCCUCAAAUAUCCAGAAACUGCGGCAUGAGUUUGACUCUGAGCAGAUCCCUGACCUGACCAAAGAUGUUUACAUCCAGGACAUCCACUGUGUGGGCUCGCUGUGUAAGCUCUACUUCAGAGAGCUGCCCAACCCCCUGCUCACCUACCAGCUCUAUGAGAAAUUCUCUGAGGCCGUAUCGGCUGCGACGGAUGAAGAACGACUCAUCAAAAUCCAUGAUGUCAUCCAGCAGCUUCCUCCACCGCAUUACAGGACCCUCGAGUUCCUCAUGAGACACCUUUCCCGCCUGGCAGCUUUCAGCUACAUCACCAACAUGCACAGCAAGAACCUGGCCAUCGUCUGGGCUCCCAACCUGCUGAGAUCAAAACAGAUUGAAUCUGCGUGCUUCAGUGGUACAGCAGCCUUCAUGGAAGUAAGAAUUCAGUCUGUGGUGGUGGAGUUCAUCCUCAACCAUGUGGAUGUCCUCUUCAGCACAAAACUCAGUUCACUAAUACGAGAGGGAGCAGGUCACAACUCAUUGUCGCGGCCCAAGUCCCUGCUCAUUUCAUCACCCUCCACGAAACUUUUGAGUCUGGAGGAGGCCCAGGCGAGGACACAGGCUCAGAUCAACUCUCCAGUCACAGAAGACAGCAAGUACAUUGAGGUGGGCGAAGGUCCAGCCGCCCUGCAGGGCAAGUUCCACACCGUCAUCGAGUUUCCCACCGAGAGGAAGAGGCCUCCUAUUAAAUCCAAGAAGUCUCCUGUUGGUAGCUGGCGUUCUUUCUUCAACUUGGGCAAGUCUUCCUCUAUGUCAAAGCGCAAGCUCCACCGCAACCCCAGUGAGCCUAAUGAACUCAAAGCAAUGGCUCUCGCUGGAGGAAGAGGAGACACUGCAACACUGAGAUCAGCCAAAAGUGAAGAGUCGCUGAGUUCCCUGCAUAAUGUCGAAGGAGAGUCCAAGGUGUACCGUCCUCGGAGGCCGCGUUCGAGCAGUGAUGCCCUUUCAGCCUCCUUUAACGGAGAGCUGCUGGACAGCCGGCAGCACUGCAACUCCUACGACAACCUGGAUGCCACAGAGGAAAGCGACGGAGACGAUGGGCCCAUCUGUGUGCCUGCUCUCAUUUCACCGCCUCGCUCAUCAGGUGAAGAGGUGGACCUCAGCCCGCCAGACAUCGGUAUGGCCUCCUUGGACUUUGACCCCAUGUCUUUCCAGUGCAGUCUCCCCGACACAUCCUUCGCCUUCCCCCUAGAUGACUCACCAGGAGGUGCCAAGGCCUCCACGUUAAAAAGGAGCCCUGGCAGCUUCUGUGGCAAGACAAACGGCUCUGACAUUCCCACCUCAUUCUUGGGCUGCUUGACCUCACCCUUGGUGUCCACAGACCUCAGAUCAGCUGCUGGAGACAAUACAGAAAACAAAAAAUUGACCACUUCCCAUUCAUUCACUGAUAAACCCACACAGGCAGUGUCACCUAUUAAAUGUGGAAAGGCCAUCAGUAUGACACCUUUUGCCACUUCAGAGCUUUUGUCUACAGAUAUGCCUGAUAAGAAUACAGCUGGACAUGCUGUCACUCCACACCCAUUAAAUCCUCCUGUAAAACCCAAGGACUCUCCUCCCCUGAUGGGCAGUGUGCUGCUCCGAGCAACAGAGCUGUCACUUGGUGAAGCUUUCCAAAAGGAGCUGCACUCUAAGCUGGCGGCCUUUGACAGCACAGACAGCCACGAGCUGAGGGGAGAAGACAGUCUGCAGCAGGCAACAGCUGCCAGUCGCCAAGAGCUCCAAGGAGUUGUAGCUCUGGACUCUUCAAAGGACCUCACCCCUCAUUCCCUCAGCUCUUCAGCUCCCUCCUCUGCUCCUCCUCCUCCCCCUCCUAAAAAUGCUGCCCGCAUGUUGGCCCUGGCCCUGGCCGAGUCUGCCCAGCAGGUCUCCAUCCAGUCGCAGUUACGGUCCUCAGAGCCUCCAACACCUGUAUCCUCUGUGCAGUCACAGGAUGCCUCUGACCUCCGCAACACGUCACAUCCACUCGCAUCACAUUUCCAGACUUCCUUUGAGGAGAAAGCUGAACAUUCUAGUCCCUCGUCUCAACACACCAAUUCCACAGCUGUCACCACAGCCCCAUCAUAUCCCUCCACUUCCAGUCCCCCAAACAAGCAGCAGCAGCCUGAGUUACCAAGCAUGGUCAACAAGGCUACAGAAAGUGCUGGGUCCUCGAGAGGUCCACCUGAAACACAGCCACGUAAAGAUUCUACCCCACCAGACACUCCUCUGUACAAGUGUGCUCCACUCUCUAGUUCAGUCAGCCCGACUUCUCCAACUAGGAAAAGUCCAGAGAGGCAUCAGACUGUUGCAGGACAAGUCCCAGUCCAUACUAGCUACUCUCCAGCUGCCUCCACUCCUAGCGGCGGCUGUAAAGACACUGUCGUCACACAGUCUGGCCCUGAGGUUAAAUCGGAGGACACUGCGCUGCCCGCAGUCUUUCCAAAACCACCAGAGCAGCCACCUCCGACAGCUCAAAAGCCUAAAAAGCAUGCAGUUCCUGUGCCCCAGCAUCAACCCCAGACUCGGAUACAGCCUCAUCUGCCAACACCUGCUCAACCUCAGGCACAGCCUCAGACACAAGUCCACCCCCAGCCCCAGACGCUCUCGAAGGCCAGUGCAAGAGUGGCCCCCACUUCAGCUGAGCCUCUUGAGAAGCCAUGGGAGGCCAUUAAGCCAGUGCAGCCUUGUACCGAGUCUGCAAGGUACCAUGACUCACAUGGGCCCAAACCUCCAGCCCCUCCUGUUCGCACAAUUGAGAGCAAACUAGCCACGGCAGCCCUCAGCCAAAGUGAAGCCUCUUACCACAUCGGGGAUGAAGGCCUGGCACCUGGCCAUAUGGAUGAUUCUCUGCCUCACCAUCCUCUCUCUCCUCCUCAUAAAUCUUCCAUGCACCAGCCAGCAUACCUGUUCCAUCCUAAAGGAGAAGCAGUUUUUAUUGAACCUCCAGGAGCUGCUUACUACCACCAGAAGCCUGUUACUCCAGGCCAGCAGUCCAUGCCACACCACUACCGACCAGACAGUGUCCCCCCACACCUCGCCUAUGUGUCCAAGUCUGAGCCUCAGAUACCUUACAGUGCCAGAUUAGACAACAGAUACAGCACUUUAGGCCCAAGGUCAUACCACCACUCCAUUAAAUCCAGAGGAAACCCGCGGAGUGUGUUUGUGUCUCCAGGGCCAGGGCAUCCAGGUUACAGCCACGACAGACCCCAAGGCUAUCCCACCAUCCGCAGAGUACACUCGCUCCAUGUUCCUUCCACUAUUCGCUCAGUGCCCAUUCAAAGAACCGAGGUUCCUCCAGAUGAUGACAUGUUCUUCUACCACAGACCCGUUUAUCAGUGCAAAGCCUACCAGCAGCCCACUCCGCAGUCCUCACAAACAGACUACCACGUCACACAGCUGCAGCCUUACUUUGAGAAUGGGCGGGUCCAGUACCGCUACAGUCCGUACUCUGGUUCAGGCCAGUUGGAGGCACCGUUCUAUGACAUCGAUCCUUACGGCACGAUCCGAAUCCGCCACUUCCAUUCCCACGGCAACCGAGAUCCUGGAGCUGUUGCUGGUCGAUCAGGUGAAAAGGCUACUGGGUACCACUACCUCGCUCGCCAUGUUCUCCCUCCUGGGAAGGAGCAUAGCUUUGUGAGCAGGGAUAUGCCCCCUAGCCAUGGGGCCAAGGAAGCUGCUGCUUACCUCUCAUGGGACCCAGAGGAGUUGGAAAGGCUCCGCAUGCACUCCAUCCGCAGGGAGAGCAGGGCAAGACAAAGGAUUAAAGGCCCUGUCCUUUCUCAGUAUGACAAUGUUGGCUUGUUCGCACCAGCAGAUAUAUCUGGUUAUGAAACCUUACACCUGCGUAGUAAAUCAGACCCCGGUAAAGCUGUGCUGGUUGUAGCCGAGAGCAAAGAUGGACACUACCUCCCCAGACAUAUGGUGUCAGACCCUGAUGUUCUCAUGUACAUGGAGACUGACAAGCAUAUCCAGGGCAGUGUAGCAGGUGACAAGUCAGAUGGACUUUCCAAGCAUAGUAGUUCCAAAAAAGGCCAAUCGUCUCACUCCCUUCCUGCAACUCUGAGCCACAGUCUCUCCCAUCAGGAGAGCGGCCGACACGAGGCCAAGUACGAAACUGGAGACGAGAAGCUGGGUGGAGACUGCGGCAGGUCUAAACACUGGCAGCAAGAGUAUUCCAACAAGAGGAACGUCCAACCACGGUACGAGUGUCCUGAUUCUGACCUCCACCAGAGUAAAGUGAAAACAUCAAGCGGCUACCACAGCACAGACGACCAGCCGUUGGUUCCCAGGGAACAACUCGCCCGCUCCAAACCAGAGAGAUCGCACAGUGUCCGCGAGCAGCAGCACUACAGCCAGAGCAAAGUGGACAGAGACUACUCGUAUCAGACACAUAACACGAAAACUACACAGUCCCACUACGAUAACUUGGACGAUUACCAUCCAGUACCUCAACCUCAGGCCCCUGUCCAAAAACGUGGAAGCUCGGGCUCCUAUCCUGCUCCAGGAUUCACAGUGAGCCAAAACAACAGAGCGUACUCCACAGCACUGGGCCAGGGAGCCUUUAUCCAGACUGAGCUGGCCAUGCAGAGGCCAGAGACAGAGAUACGUACUGAAUGAAGCAUUUAGGGGAGAAACAUGUGAAUUUAUCUUUAGCUGUGUUGAAGAGAGACUAAUGAGCUACGGUUGAGCAGCCUCUGCCGGACAGUGGACUGUCGUAUCACCAAUAUUUUUGCUCCUGUAUAUUUUUAAUGAAUUGUAAGACUUUUUACAAAAAGUCCUGAAUGUACCUGAAAUUACUGUUCAAGAGGUCAUAUUAUUGAUUAAUUGAGACGUUAACUAGUCAUAAAUGUAUAUGAUAUGAAAGACUUAAGGUACUUUCAACAGAAACCACAAAAAUGUGGAAUACAGUGUAUAUAUAUAUAUAUAUAUAUAUGUACAUAUACAUAUAUAUGUAUAUAUAUACUGUAUAUAAAUAUAUAUGAUAGAAUCUGUAGUAAAAAGGGAUUUUUAGUUGUAUUUUUUGUUAGGUGUGGCGCUGGGUAUGAGCAUCAUCUGGGGAUUAAGGUUUGCAUUUUAGAAAUGCAUGCACUCUCUAUCUCUUACAGAACAGUUCUGUGUAGUUCACUAUCCAUUAAGUUCUUUUUUGGAUGUUACAGCACAAGUUAUUAAAACAGGAAACAGGUCACCACCCCCUCUGCUAAUAUGUACAUGUGUCAGUGACACAGUGUGUCCAUGUUUGUCUCCGAGAUUCCAACUGAGUGUGGGCUUGAUAAGGAUCCACAGCAGUGGGUUACUUUCAGUUAAUAUAGUGGUUAUCAUUCUCUUUAUUUCCUCUGUGACUGUGCCAUUUUUAUGUAACUUUGCUAUAAACAGAUUUCAGUGACUUCUAAUGGAAUGUUUUGGUAAUUGUCUGUUCUUCAGCGGAAUGUUUUGGUAAUUGUCUGUUCUUCAGUGGAAGAGGGACCAAAUCACUUGGCACAGUUGUUGCACAUUAAUGGGAUAAAGAGGGUGGAUGUAUGCGUGUUUUAGCCUUAGAUGUGUAAGAGGUUGUUUUUUUGUUUGUUUCCCCUUUUCACGACAUUCAAGGUACUUUCAUAAACUGGACUAACUGAAUAUACGUGACAACGAUGCUCCUGUCAAACGACAAAGCGAGAAACAUGUUGCCGCUGCUUUUCAAGGAAAACAACUUGGUGACGAGCCUUAAAUUUUAUUCCUACAGACCCUAUUGUGUUUUCUGCCAUUGUCAUACAAACCCAUUCUCAUACUGCACAAACAUAGCUAGAUUUAGGAUCACUGUAGAUGACUUUUGGUAGUUCAGUGCUGACGGGUGAUCUGCUGGGUUAUUUAGUUUUGUAUCGCCUCACUGGUUCUGAAUUUAAAACCGUUAAGAUGGAUUUUUUUUUUAAAGAUAUUUGGGUCCAUUUUUUCUAGCUGGAAAUGAUUACAUAGUACAUUCAUCUGGUAUUAUACUACAUGCCCUUUAGGUUCAUCAUAAUGGAAAAAUUACAAUAUGUUUGAAAUGUCUAAAUCCAGGUCGUACUCUGUAACCGUUUGACUUCUAUAUUGCUUGCAGGUUUUGCUCCUCUUGCCUUAUCUAAAGCCUCUUCUUUUUCAGAUGGGGUGUUAAAGUAAGGCUAUGUGUACUUGAAUGUGAAAACACUCUUGUCCCAAACUAGAGGUAUCUAUAUAAGUUAGAUAUGAAAUAAAUAAAACUGUUCAGGAA